GCCUACUUCUACCUCACCGACAACCUUUCCGACAACCACCACCGCUCGCUCGCACAUCAACAGAAGACUGUGACAUUAUCGUUCUCGAACAAUCACAAAGUUGCGGGUCAUCUUUACGACGAUAAUUUUGACAACUUCCCAACAACGAUUUUGAUACAUCAUUCACGGACGCCUUUAUUGGUCAUUUGUUCUGCGAAAAUCUUCAAAUUCAUCGACGAAAGCAGCAAGCGCACUCUCCCACCCACUCUCUUCUACCUUACGGCACUUAAUUUAAUCGACUCGAAGCUCAAGUCGACGACGGUCGCAUAUUUAGAUAGUCGAGUUCUUGACAAAGUCUUUCUAGACUUUGUAUAAACGAAUUACAUCUCAGUCGUUUCUUUUUUGCAAAUCAAUCUUUCAACUACGGCCGCAAUCAUAUUUACCAAACCACUUUCUAUCUAUUCUACGAAUCGACCCCCAAUACAAAACACAUUCACUCUUUCUCGAAUCUUCAUCGACCGCAGAACUGAGUCUGAAUCAUAGAUCAAGGGACUAAUUUCCCUGUUAUCGUACUCAUCCUGAUUUAUUAACUCAAUCUAAUUCCCCCACAAUACCGCCAAACUGCAUUCUCCGCUUUUUAUCAAGCUUUCAACUACAAUCCUUUGCGAUAAACCUACGGGGGAUAUCAGAACCCGUCUAGCUGUCACGAAGAAAAGAACACAAGUUCGCCGCAAGCCAAAGAGACGUCCAGUCUUCGACAAGCUUGAUAAUAUUUAUCGCCCAAAACCUUACAAACCAAAGAUGAUGGCUCAACCGCCAUUGGACAAGAAUUUAGAAUGGAGUCAGAAUUUGAACGUAACGGUUAUGUGCAAGGACUGCAAGGAGAUUCCACCUAAUCUCGUCGAAGAGUUUUCCUCUGGAGAUUUGGUCUGCGAUACAUGUGGUGUAGUUAUUGGUGAUCGAAUUGUCGAUACCCGCUCUGAAUGGCGUACAUUCUCCAAUGAUGACCAGGGAAAUGACGACCCAUCUCGUGUUGGUGACGCUGCUAAUCCCCUCUUGAACGGUUCUCAACUCUCUACUACAAUCGCUUUUGGCGACAGCAGCGUACGCAGUCGUGAGCUUUACCGCGCCCAAGGCAAACAAGGUACAGACAAAUCAACAAAGGCUUUACUCGCAGCCUACAAGGAAAUCGGUGCCCACUGUGAUGCUGUCAACAUUCCAAAGAACGUUUCCGAUACUGCGAAGCACCUUUUCAAACUUGUCGAUGACGCCAAAGCCUUCAAAGGUAAAUCCCAAGAAGCCAUCAUUGCUGGCUGUAUCUUCAUCGCUUGCCGUCAGUGCGGUGUUCCCAGAACCUUCCGUGAAAUCUACGCUUUGACGAAGGUUUCGAAGAAGGAUAUUGGUAGAACUUUCAAAGCACUUGAGAAAUUCUUUGCUUCAGACAGUUCGGCCAAGAAGGCGACUGCUGAUGCUACUGGUGCUCUUGCGGCCCCAGAUGGUUAUCAGACAACCACGUCAACCAAUGCCAAAGACCUCUGUACUCGUUACUGCAGUCAACUUGGCCUUAAGAGCCAACAGUUCGUCAAGAUAUCCCAAGGCCUCGCUGAAAAGGUUUCUACUGUCGGUGAUCUCGCUGGUAGAUCGCCUUUGUCAGUUGCAGCCGCUUGCAUCUACAUGGCAUCAGCUCUCCUCGGAAAGCCAAAGUCUGCAAAGGAGAUAUCCCAAGUAGCUGGCGUGAGUGAUGGAACUAUUCGUACGGCAUACAAAUACUUGUAUGCGGAUCGAGAGAAACUCAUUGAACCUGAGUGGAUUGCUGAUGGCAAGGGCAAAAUGGAGCUCCUACCGGUUAGUUAAGUGGGUGAUACCACAAAACCUACUGGGAUCCUUUUGUUUUGGGAUUGAGAUAAGGCGAAAUAAGGCGUAACUAAUGAUUCUUUUGCUUUUUAAUUGCGGGAAUGAUCGAUGCCUCGGCGUAAUUGCCUUUUAUUCGGAUUGAGUUACAUUUACAGGGCGAGAAUGGACCGAAAAUGUCCUGGGUUCUAGAGCUUGUGGUUUUGCUUACUGGCGCAGAUAAGACAGGUUUGAGAGGUCUGAAGCUCAUACUAAGAGAACAGUUCUUAUGUCGACGACGAUAUUAACAAAAAAAUGGUUGGUUUUAAUAAGGCUUAGAUAGAAUAAAUCUAUCAC